UUCAAUCAGUUUAUACGUAUUAUAUGCAUUUAUCUUUUAUCUAUUUAUUUUUUACACCAUUGCACUUUCUGUUCUUACUUUCACCUUUAAUCCUUUCGCAUUUUUAUUAUAUUCCUUUCCUUUUACUUCGCGAAUAAUUCUGACUAUCUUUAAACAUACAUUUCCUGUUUUAUAAUAAUUCGCAUUUACUUGAUAUCGGUUGUGUGUGCGUUAUAUUGUGUUCUUCGAAAGUGUUAUUACAACAAAUCAAGUACCAUCAUCGAACUCAUCUUUCAACAAAUUUCUCAUCUUAUUCGGAUACAAACACAUACGCACAUAUAGGUUUAUUUCCCAUAUAAUAAAGAAACAAAAUGGAGAGCAGACUUCAAAAUAAAAAUGUCAAGGACGAGAUGAUUGGAGGAACACAGCAAAAUGAAAAUAAUAAAAGAUCUCCAAUGACUUUAAAUGUGAGCGGAUUGUGGGAUGUUGUUCCGCGUAUGGACCAUUACAGAUUAAGUCGUCGUGCGAAGAGGCCAUCUUUGUGUACUUUGCACGAGGGAAAUUUGAUAAAGGAUCCAAAUGUUGAAGCAGGACAAAUUGGGAUAACAUCACAAAUUCAUACUGGUGGAAUUAAAUUAGGAUGGAUCCAAGGUGUUUUAAUACCAUGCCUUUUAAAUAUAUGGGGUGUUAUGCUUUUCCUAAGACUCUCAUGGGUUGUAGCACAAGCUGGAAUAUUACAGAGUACGAUCAUUAUAGGAAUAUCAGCAGCGGUGUGUGUUAUUACAACAUUAAGCUUAAGUGCAAUUAGCACUAAUGGCGAAGUAAAGGGAGGUGGCAUAUAUUUUAUCAUCUCUCGAUCACUCGGACCUGAGUUUGGUGCAUCUGUUGGAAUAGUCUUUGCAUUUGCGAAUGCAGUUGCAGCAUCUAUGAACACUAUUGGUUUCUGUGAUUCCAUGAACGAUUUACUCAAAGAAUAUAAUCUUAAAAUUAUAGAUAAUGGAGUACAAGAUGUUAGAAUUAUUGGUACUAUUGCUCUUAUAGUGAUGAUAUUGAUUUGUGCUAUUGGCAUGGAAUGGGAAUCAAAGGCCCAGAACUUUCUUAUUGCAGUCAUCAUAGCAGCUAUAUUUGAUUUUUUAAUUGGUACUAUCAUUGGCCCUAAAAAUGAAGAACAAAUCUCUCAAGGAUUCAUUGGCUUUUCGUGGGAAGUAUUUAAAAGCAACUGGGGCUCGGAUUAUCGAUUUUCUGAGAACAACAAUCAAACAUUUUUUUCGGUUUUCGCAAUAUUUUUUCCUUCGGUAACUGGUAUCCAAGCUGGUGCAAAUAUUUCGGGAGAUUUGAAAAAUCCAGGGAAAAGUAUACCCAUUGGAACGCUCUUAGCUCUCUUAAUAUCCAUGAUAAGUUAUGUCACUUUUGUGUAUUUUGCUGGUGGUGCAGCUUUGAGAGAUGCAGGUAUUGGAUUGAAUGGUACUGUUGAGUGUAUAUCUCAAAGUAAUUGUUUAUAUGGACUUCAUAAUAGUUAUACGGUCAUGCAAUUGAUGUCACUUUGGGGACCGCUCAUUUAUGCUGGCUGUUUUGCUGCAACACUUUCAACGGCCUUAACUAAUUUAUUAUCAGUUCCAAGAUUGAUCCAAGCAUUAGGUCAAGAUAGAAUAUACCCUGGAUUAAUAUAUUUUAGUAAAGGAUAUGGAAAAUCUGGUGAGCCAUACAGAGGAUAUGGACUUACGUUUCUUGUUGCGUUUGUAUUUCUUAUGAUAGCCAAUCUUAAUGCAGUUGCGCCAUUAAUAUCAAAUUUUUAUCUAGCUUCUUAUGCUCUUAUUAAUUUCUGCGCAUUUCAUGCUGCACUUAUACGACCACUAGGUUGGCGACCUACUUUUAAGUAUUACAACACUUGGUUAUCUCUAUUUGGCUUCAUUGUUUGUGUAAGCAUUAUGUAUCUCAUCGACUGGAUAACUUCAUUAAUAACAUUUGUUAUUAUCUUUGCAUUGUAUCUGAUAGUUGUAUAUCGUAAGCCAGAUGUUAAUUGGGGUAGCAGUACUCAAGCGCAAACUUAUAAAACUGCAUUAUCUAUUGUAUAUAGAUUGAAUUCUAUAGAUGAACAUGUGAAAAAUUAUGCUCCACAAAUUUUGGCUCUUACUGGACAUCCUGGUACGAGACCAGCUCUUUUAUACUUGGCAAAUCUUAUCACAAAAAAUAAUUCCUUGUUAAUCUCUGGGGAAAUAUGUCAAACACGUUUGUCUUAUCGAUUACGAUCAGUACAUUUAAGAAAUGGAUAUGCUUGGUUGCAAAGACAUAGAAUCAAAUCUUUUUACCAUGUUGUAGAAGAUUUAAAUUUAGAAAGAGGUGCAUCAGCAUUGAUGCAAGCUACAGGAGUAGGAAAAUUAUCUCCAAAUGUUGUCUUAAUGGGUUACAAAACUCAUUGGUCAACAUGUAAUCAUAAAGAUCUUCAAGAAUACUUCAACGUACUUCACAAUGCAUUCGAUCACAAAUUAGCUGUUACAAUUCUACGUAUUGAAGAUGGUUUAGAUUGUUCUGAAGUAACUUCUACUGUAGUAGACGAAGAGCAUGGAACUCUAGCACAAAGUAGUUAUGACUUAACUGGUUCUAUGUUGAUGCAUGCUGAUAGUGAUCUCUCAAUGAGUAGUCAAAUACCAAGAGUACAAAGUGUACCAACUAUAGGAACACAAUUUAAUUCAGUUGAGGGACCAAAUGUAAUUAGAGAAUCUCCUACUCAUUGGAGUGCACGUGAUCACAUCAAGCAAAAGAAAAAACAAGCUACUGAUAAAUUACUUUCUGAAAAACGAAACGGAAUGCCAGUGUUACCAGAACAUAUGACAAUUUUCCAAAAAAAACAUAAGAAAGGCAUAAUUGAUGUAUGGUGGCUUUACGAUGAUGGAGGUUUAACGAUUCUUUUGCCAUAUAUCAUUAGUACUCGUACUAAUUGGGAACAUUGUAAAAUGAGAAUAUUUGCUUUGGCUAAUCACAAACAAGAUAUUGAGGCUCAAGAAAAGGAAAUGGCAGAAAUAAUGGCUAAAUUUCGAAUAAAAUAUACUAGUUUAAAAAUGGUAGAUGACAUCAGUAUUUCUCCUCGACAAGAUACUCAAGAUUUCUUUGAUAAACUUAUAUCUGAUUUUCGAAGAAAUGAUCCUUCCGAUAAUUCAGAGUGCUGUGUCACUGAUCUUGAAUUACAAACACUGCGUGACAAAACUAAUCGACAAUUAAGACUUCGAGAAUUACUUUUGGAAAAUUCAAGUCAGUCGACAUUGGUAGUAAUGUCAUUACCAAUGCCAAGAAAAGGUGCAGUAUCAGCACCAUUAUAUAUGGCGUGGUUAGAAGCGUUAACUCGUGACAUGCCACCAACGCUAUUAAUAAGAGGAAAUCACACUUCGGUAUUGACAUUUUAUUCGUAGUCUAUAAAUGAUCAAUUAGGUUAUUAAUAUUAGUAUUAUUAAUAGCUUAACUCGUAUGAUGUUUAGAAAAGAACUUUUUAGCUAACAUCAUAUUUGACAUAAAUAGGCAGUAUUUUUUAAGACAUUAAUGCCAAAUCUCUCUUUCGACAAUGUGUGUCUUACACAUCUCUUUUUAUCUCUUCUCUUUUUUAUAUAUUACUAUGUACUUAUUAUA